GGAAAUGCCCACCAUUAACGCUUGUCUCUCACCUUCUUCGUCUUCAACCUUCGAAAGAGACGAAAGAGGGGGUUCCAGAUGCCCUGCAGAUGGGGAAAAUCGAACUGCAAAACCUGCAUCGGCAGCAGAAUCACGAGGCUGACAGUAAUCAAGUUUCUUCGGGCUUUUUCUGUGACGGAUGUUCGGUGGCUCUCAACAGAGUUGGAAGGGAGUUUAGUUUCAAGUGCUUCUUCGUUUUGAUUCUGACUCUAUCGGUUUUGGUUUCUGGGAUCUUCUGGGUCCUUCCUUUUCAUUCAAUCAAGUGCGGGUUCGAUGCAAAAGAUGCAAUUAAACUCGGCGCUACAGUUCAGGCAUACUUCAGACUAGACAAGCCAGUUACAGAGCUUGUUCCACACAUUCGAAGAUUAGAAUAUGAUAUCUACGGGGAAAUUUGUGUUCCUGGCAUAAAGGUGGCUAUCAUAUCCAUGCACCAAUCUGGUGCAUCUAACUGGACUGAUGUGGUGUUUGGUGUUCUUUCUGACCCAAUAAAUGUUCCUAUAAGUCCAGUGUCCCUAAGUUUGCUGAGAUCAUCUUUAAUUGAACUGUUCCUUCAGCACUCCAAUCUGACCUUCACAUCAUCUAUUUUUGGGAAGACAACUAUGUUUCAGAUUCUGAAGUAUCCACGGGGGUUAACUAUAAUCCCAGUGCAAUUUUCUUCAAUUUGGCAGAUCCCCCAGAUUCUAUUUAAUUUUACUCUAAAUAAUUCGAUAUCUGAUAUACUGGAAGAUUUCAUCGAGUUCAAGGAUCAGUUGAAGAUAGGAUUGUAUCUGAGGUCUUACGAGAGUGUGUAUGUCCAGAUAACAAAUGAUGCUGGCUCCACAAUAGCUCUGCCAGUUACAGUUCAGGCUUCAGUCAUGUCUGAUCUUGGGAGUCUUCUGCCGCAGAGACUGAAGCAAUUGGCUGAAACUAUCACAGGCUCUCCUGCACAAAAUCUUGGCCUUGAUAACACAGUUUUUGGUAAGGUUAAAAGCAUCAGUUUAUCUUCCUAUCUAAAGGGUACUAUUAAUGCUACCCCUCCUAGUCCUUCUCCAUCUCCAUCUCCAUCUCCAUCCCCAGAACCAAGUAAUUAUCCAUCAAUUUUGCCAUAUCCUGCUCUUUCUCCGCUUGCCUCUCCAAUGUCCUCGCCAAACAUUAAGCACCGCUCACCUGCACCUUCUAUGGUAAUUGUGCAUCCUCCUCGUCCUUUCCCAUAUCAGGGUUUCAGAAAUUCUCCAAACCUCUCACCUUCUCACUAUAACCCAACAGUUCCUUCUGCCUUUUCACCUUUGGUGUCAACUCCUAACGCCCCUCCUACGGGUCCCACUUCCCAGUUGUCUCCCGAUCUGUCACCUAUACCUGAAGUAUCAUAUGCUCCCAGUCCACGCCAGGACAAGGGAAGUGCUGAAGGCUUGUUUUCUCCAUCGCUUGCACCAUCACCAUCAUCUUUGGCAGCAGUUACUUCAUACCAGCAGAUCUGGUUAUUGGGGUUUUCUGGACUCUGGAUCUUUUGUCUCUUUUGUUGGUUGGCUUGAUAUAUAAUUUUCAUGACACAACCUAAAGAUAGUUUCCACGGCAUACAGACACAACAGCUUAGUGACGUCCUUACACCCAGUUUUGUUUUGGCAAGGGGAGUAGAUGCUCCUCUGAAAAGUUUGACAGAUUUCCAUCCAAGAAACAUAAAUGUAAGAAGAAAGAUACAUUGCAGGUCAAAGCCAGCAAAGGUGGCAGGCCUUUCAUUUAUUUUGUGCAUCUGCAGAAAAGUAAUGUUAUCCAGAAAUGUGAUAAAGCAGGGUUAUAUACUCGUGAAAAAUUAGGGUAAACUUUUAUAAAAAUACAGAAUGUUGAUUUUUGGA